UGCAGUCGCUCUUCGGCUGAGGAGCGAAAUGCACUUUUUCUUUACUCCAGUUGCACUUGGCUUUGGGGGAGGAAAGCAAACGUACACUUAACAGUGAAAAACCAACCGCCUCGUAUGGGAUGUCUUUGAAAAGACCAGCUGAGUCCAUCCGAACGGGGUUGUGGUGAAGGUGUGAGGAGGUUUGGCGCGCGCGCCGCCGGGAGGCAGCAGCAGCUCCACUGUGUGUGGAAAGAAGGGAUUUUCUCGGUCGGUCGUCCGUCCGUCUGUCCCACCCAGAGCCCACGGAGACACGGACACUGCCACGCAUUCGCGGAGGCUGGAAGCUGCCUUGUUGUUGAACCCCUCGAACGAACCGUCGCCUCAAAAAGCGCGCUCUGCGCGAGGAGGAGCGCAGCGCAGCCGGGCAGCGCGCGAGACUAGCCGCUUCAUGUUCUGACGAAGAAAAUAAGACUCGAAGAAGUCCGAGUUGGCCGUGAUGGCAGCGUUCGAGCUCUACACCAAGCAUGCUCGGGUGUGGAUCCCUGAUGCAGAUGAUGUGUGGAGGUCAGCAGAGCUGACCAAAGACUAUAAGCCAGGGGACACGGCCCUGUACCUGCAACUGGAGGAUGGCACGACAUUUGAGUACAAGCUAGACCCCGCAACCAUGAACCUGCCCCACCUUCGGAACCCAGACAUCCUGGUGGGGGAGAAUGACCUGACUGCUCUCAGUUACCUCCAUGAACCUGCUGUUCUUCACAACCUCAAAGUGCGCUUUAUUGACUCCAAGCUGAUCUACACCUACUGUGGUAUUGUUCUGGUUGCCAUCAAUCCGUAUGAGAACCUGCCCAUCUAUGGAACUGACAUCAUCAAUGCGUACAGUGGGCAGAACAUGGGAGACAUGGAUCCCCACAUAUUUGCUGUGGCAGAGGAGGCGUACAAGCAGAUGGCCAGAGAUGAGAGGAACCAGUCCAUCAUUGUGAGUGGGGAGUCUGGUGCGGGGAAGACGGUCUCUGCCAAGUAUGCUAUGCGCUAUUUCGCCACAGUCAGUGGGUCAGCCAGCGAGGCCAACGUGGAGGAGAAAGUACUGGCAUCGAACCCCAUUGUGGAGGCCAUUGGAAAUGCAAAGACCACAAGGAAUGACAACAGCAGUCGGUUUGGGAAGUAUAUUGAGAUUGGUUUUGACAAAAGGUACCGCAUCAUUGGGGCAAACAUGAGGACCUACCUGCUGGAGAAAUCUCGGGUGGUGUUUCAGGCAGAUGAUGAGAGAAACUACCAUAUCUUCUACCAGCUGUGCGCCUCUGCACACCUUCCCGAGUUUAAAGCCCUUAAGUUAGGCAGUGCAGGUGACUUCUAUUACACCAGUCAAGGGAGGAGCCCAGUCAUUGAUGGGGUGGAUGAUGAUAAAGAGAUGUGCACAACUAGAAAUGCCUUCACACUUUUGGGUAUUAACAAAUCCUAUCAGAUGGGAGUGUUCAGAGUUCUUGCUUCCAUCCUGCAUCUUGGCAAUGUGGAAGUGAAAGAUCAUGAUGCGGACAGCAGUACCAUCCUGCCCAGUAACAGCCACCUGAACAUCUUCUGCAAGCUCAUGGGGGUUGCAUACCAGGACAUGUCCCAGUGGCUAUGCCACAGGAAGCUGAAGACAGCCACGGAGACCUACAUCAAGCCCCUGUCGAAGCUGCAGGCUGUUAAUGCCCGAGAUGCCCUCGCCAAGCACAUUUAUGCAAAGCUCUUCAGCUGGAUCGUGGAGCAUGUCAACCAGGCCCUUCAGUCCUCCAUCAAGCAGCACUCCUUUAUUGGUGUGCUGGAUAUCUAUGGGUUUGAAACCUUUGAGAUGAACAGCUUUGAGCAGUUUUGUAUAAACUAUGCAAAUGAGAAGCUGCAGCAACAGUUUAAUAUGCAUGUCUUCAAACUAGAGCAGGAAGAGUACAUGAAGGAGCAGAUUCCCUGGACACUCAUUGACUUUUAUGACAACCAGCCCUGCAUCAAUCUGAUCGAGGCCAAGAUGGGCAUCCUGGAUCUCCUGGACGAAGAGUGCAAGAUGCCUAAGGGGACUGACGACACAUGGGCGCAGAAGCUAUAUAACACACACCUGAAGACAUGUCCCUUGUUUGAGAAACCCCGGCUGUCCAACAAGGCUUUCAUCGUCCAGCACUUUGCAGACAAGGUUGAGUAUCAGUGUGAGGGGUUUUUGGAGAAAAACAAAGACACAGUGAAUGAGGAGCAGAUUCAUGUUCUAAAAGGGAGCAAGUUUGACUUGCUGGUGGAGCUGUUUCAGGACGAAGACAAAGCCACCAGUCCAAGCGGAGCAUCCUCUGGUGGCCGUACCAGACUCAGCAUCAGACCUGAGCAUACACUCCGUGGCCAGGCUAACAAGGAGCACAAGAAGACCGUGAGUCUGCAGUUCCGUAACUCACUCCAGCUGCUGAUGGAGACCCUGAAUGUCACCACUCCCCAUUAUGUGCGCUGCAUCAAGCCAAAUGACUUCAAGUUUCCGUUCACGUUUGACCCCAGGAGGGCAGUGCAGCAGCUCAGAGCAUGUGGAGUCCUGGAAACCAUCCGAAUCUCAGCAGCUGGCUUCCCAUCAAGGUGGACCUACCAAGAGUUCUUUAGCCGAUAUCGAGUCCUGAUGAAGCAGAAGGAUGUUCUCCCUGAAAAGAAACUAACCUGCAAGAACCUCUUGGAGAAACUGGUCAAGGUAACAGGCCAUGAAUUCCUGGAAGCUUCUUUCCAACCAGCGUUGUUUUGUACAAAACAGAAUUUUGUUUCCCAUUCCUGUCUACAGGAUGAGGACAAGUACCAGUUUGGCAAGACCAAGAUCUUCUUCCGUGCUGGCCAGGUGGCCUACCUGGAGAAACUGCGAGCGGACAAGCUGCGGGCAGCCUGCAUCCGUAUCCAGAAGACCAUCCGUUGCUGGCUGGCACGCAAGAAGUACCUGCGCAUGAGGGCUGCAGCCAUCAACAUCCAGAGACACGUGCGGGGCUACCAGGCAAGAUGCCUGGCCAACUUCCUACGAUGCACCAGAGCAGCCAUCAUUAUCCAGAAGUAUCAGCGCAUGUUUGUGGAGAGGAGGCGCUACAAGCAACAGCAGGCUGCAGCCCUCAUCAUACAGUGUAUCCUGCGGGCAUAUAUGGCCCGACAACAUUACCAGGGCCUGCUCCGGGAGCACAAGGCCGUCAUCAUCCAGAAGUUUGUGCGCGGGUGGCUUGUGCGGCAGUGGUAUAAGUGCACACUGGCAGCCAUCGUGCACCUGCAGAGCUGCGUGCGACGCAUGAGGGCCAAGCGCGAACUCAAGAAACUGAAGAUCGAGGCGCGCUCUGUGGAGCACUUCAAAAAGCUCAAUAUUGGUAUGGAGAACAAGAUCAUGCAGCUGCAGCGCAAGGUGGAUGAGCAGCACAAGGAGAAUAAGGCCAUCGCAGAGCGUCUGGCUGGGCUAGAGAGCUCCCACGCAGCUGAGAGCGAGAGACUGCGCAGCGAGGUGGCCCGUCUGCGCAGCGUGGAGGUGGAGGCCAGGAACAACGCCAAUCGCAUCAUUUUCCUGCUGGAGGAGCUGGAAGCUUUGCGGACAGAGAAGAGUGUGAUGGAGGAAUGGGCAGAGACAUACCGAGAUGAGAUGGAGCAGUUGGUGGCUGAGCUAAAAGACCAGAACAUCCUGCUGAAGAGCGAAAAGGAUGACCUGAACCAACUGAUCCAGGAGCAGAGCCAGCAGAUGGCAGAGAAGAUGCAAAGAGUCCUAAAGGAGGAAACCAGACAACUGGAGAAUGAAUUGAAUGAAGAGCGUUCACGCUACCAGAACCUGCUCAGUGAACACCUACGGCUAGAGGAGCGCUAUGAUGACCUGAAGGAGCAGAUGUCCCUGACCUUGAAUGUUCCCAAAGACGGCCACGUAAGGACGGACUUCGCUCGUGGCAGUAAUGAGUCCGAGUGUGCAUAUGGCUCAGUGCUGGCCGAGUCCGAGGAGGCCUCCCACGGAGCAGAGGAUAUCACCAAAACUACCCUGGACAUGUCUGUCGUCUUUAACUUGCAGAAGAAGGUGGCUGAGCUGGAGCAUGAGAAGCAGUUGCUGGAAGAUGACCUUGAGUGCAGAGAGGAGCAGUUUCAGCGGGCAAGAGCUAGGGAUGAAGAAGAGCACUCAAAGACACGAGGAGCAGAGCUGGAAUAUGAAUCCCUUAAGCGCCAGGACCUGGAGUCCGAGAACAAGAGGUUGAAGCACGAACUGAACCAAAUGCGGCAGUUGCUGAUGGAGGACACCACCACCGUUGCCAUGGGGACGGCCAUGCCCGGCGGACCUGCGUACAAGCUGCUCCUGGAUCAGCUGAACUUGGCCAAUGAGGAGCUGGAGGUACGCAAGGAAGAGGUGCUGAUCCUGCGUUCCCAGUUGGUGAGCCAGAAAGAGGCGAUGCAGCACAAGGAUGAAAAGGAGGUGAAAGCUCAGGCCCUUUUGUACACGGAGGGCACUCAGAAGACCAAAGAUGCGGGAGAUAUGACUCAGGCAUACAUGGGGCUGAAGGAGAGCAACAGGUUGCUUGAGGCUCAGAUGCAAGCCCAGAAGAGGAACCAUGAGAAUGAGAUCGAGGUUCUGCAUGGGGAGCUGCAGAGCCUAAAGGAGGAAAACAACCGACAACAGCAGCUCCUAGCCCAGAACUUGCAGCUGCCCCCGGAGGCACGCAUUGAGGCCAGCUUGCAGCACGAGAUCACCCGGCUCACACACGAGAACUUGGAUCUCAUGGAGCAGGUGGAGCAGCAAGACAAGGCUGUCCGCAAGCUAAGGAAGCAGCUGAAAGUCUUUGCCAAGAAGUUUUGCGAAAUGGGAGGCUUAGGGGGAAGCCAAGCAGAGAGUAUUUCCCCUGGCCAGCAAGCAGAGGAGGCUAUCCAGCCUGUCAACAUCCCUCGCAAGGAAAAAGACUUUCAGGGCAUGCUGGAAUACAAGAAGGAAGACGAGCAGAAGCUGGUCAAAUACCUCAUCCUAGAGCUGAAACCUCGAGGCGUAGCUGUGAAUGUCAUCCCUGGCCUUCCAGCCUACAUCCUCUUCAUGUGCCUGCGUUAUGCUGACUAUACCAACAAUGACCAGAAGGUGCGCAUACUGCUCACCUCUAUCAUCAACAGCAUCAAGAAGAUCUUGAAGAAAGGAGGGGAUGACUUUGAAACGGUUUCCUUCUGGCUUUCUAACACCUGCCGCUUCCUGCAUUGCCUCAAGCAGUACAGUGGGGAGGAGUCAUUCAUGAAGCAUAACACUCCGAAGCAGAACGAACACUGCCUCUCCAACUUUGACCUGACAGAGUACCGACAGGUGCUAAGCGAUCUGGCCAUUCAGAUCUACCAGCAGCUCAUCAGGUGUAUGGAAAACAUCUUGCAGCCCAUGAUAGUUUCAGGUAUGCUGGAGCACGAGACAAUCCAGGGCAUGUCAGGAGUGAAGCCCACAGGCCUGCGGAAGCGGACCUCUAGUAUAGCUGAAGAGGGCACCUACACACUGGACUUAAUCCUGCGCCAGCUCACCGCCUUCCACUCCACCAUGUGCCAACACGGCACCGACCCCGAGCUCAUCAAGCAGGUGGUCAAGCAACAGUUUUACGUCAUUGGUGCCGUGACUCUCAACAACCUGCUGCUGCGUAAGGACAUGUGCUCCUGGAGCAAAGGGAUGCAGAUCAGAUACAAUGUCAGCCAGCUGGAAGAGUGGCUGAGGGACAAGAACCUGAUGACAUGUGGGGCCAAGGAGACACUGGAGCCCCUCAUCCAGGCUGCACAGCUGCUGCAGGUGAAGAAAAAGACAGACGAGGAUGCGGAAGCCAUCUGCUCUAUGUGUCACGCCCUCAGUACUGCACAGAUUGUGAAAGUGCUGAACUUGUACACCCCAAUGAAUGAGUUUGAAGAAAGAGUUUCAAUCGCAUUCAUUCGCACCAUACAGGCCCGUCUACGAGACCGGAAGGAGUCACUCCAGCUGCUCAUGGACACCAAAAUGAUCUUCCCUGUCACGUUUCCAUUCAACCCCUCCUCCUUGUCACUGGACACCAUUCAGAUUCCAAGCAGUCUGAACCUGGGCUUUCUCAUACCUGUGUAGUUCAGACACACAAACAUACGUGUACACACAUCAUGUCAUCACAAAGGAACUGGGACUGUAGAUUGUUGGGAAACUAGGCGUGUGCGUACAGCUAUGUGGUCUUGUAAUGCAUACGGAUACCCAUGGUCCAUCUUGUCUUGACCAAGGUUUAUAGUGAGUAGAGUGGUGGUUCCAAGCGCAGACUUUCCUGGAAAGCUGUGCCCUUGCUUUUUGUUACUGCCAAGAAAAGCUGUGUGUAUGCCGGCAGAAACAUUACAAUGCUUUUAUCAGCAGCAGUAGUUGGGUGGGGGGGGUGUAUACCCAAGUGUGUCUGU